AUGGGUGUACAAAUAUUUUUUGGUUUUUGUUUUUCUUCUAUUUUCUCCCUCUCUUUCUUUUCUUUGUUUUUUUUUUUUCUUCCUCUUAUUUAUCCAUUUUUUAUCCUGUUUUUUUUUUUUAUAUUUUUCAUUCUCUACUUUUUUCUUUUUUUCAUUAUCUUCUUUCUUUUUUAUUCCCUCCCUUCUUACAUUUUAUUUUUUCUUUUCUUUGUUUCUUUUUCUUUAUUUUUUCUUAGUCCUCGUGUAUUUCCUUCUCAAUUUGUUUCUUUUUGUUUUCAUUCUCUCAACUCUUUUUUAUUUCCAUCUUUUUCAUCCUUUCUUUUCUUUUCUUUUCUCUCCAUUUUCAAACACCCCUUACUUUUGUAUUUUAUUCUUUUUCUUCUUUUCCUUAUUCUUCCUCUAUUUUCCUUUUUCAUUUUAUUCUUUUUCUUCUUUUCCUUAUUCUUCUUCUAUUUUCCUUUUUCAUUUUAUUUUUCCUUCUUUUCCUUAUUCUUCCUCUAUUUUCCUUUUUCAUUUUAUUUUUCCUUCUUUUCCUUAUUCUUUCUCUAUUUCCUUUUUUCAUUUUAUUUUUUUCUGCAUUUUUCAGUCUUUCCUUCAAAUUCUCUCUUUUUAAUUUCCUCCUUUCUGCUUUUCAUCUCUUUUUUAUCUUUUUCUAUUCUUUGUUCAUUUUUUUUUUACAAUCUUUCUUUUUUCUUCUUUUAA